AUGAAGGAAUCUCGAAUAUCAAUUGUUGAAUUCUUCAGCUUGUAUAAGAAGGAUGAAAUUCGUCGCUACAGACCAUUUCCAGAGCUUUUAACAGCCAAGAAACCAGCUCUGUAUCGAAACUUCUUAUACAAAGAAUUUCAUGAUAAUUUCUUCAGCAAGGGUUUGGACAACAAGCAAAUUGAUAAUUCUGUUGUGGAAAGUUUUGGAGUAGGGGGAAAAACAUGCAUAACGUCUAGGAUUUAUCCAACUCUAGCAGUAUUCAAGGACGCUCAUUUAUAUGCAUUCAACAAUGGCACUGAGACAAUCACUAUUGAGAAUCUGGAUGUUUGGAGCAUGAACUCUCCCCUAAUGAAUUAA